AUGCUCUUGAACGAUAAGAUAGAAGUCAAAAGGCACGUUUCGUUUCUGCUAAGAUGCCUUCACCUCCUCCCACAACCUUACACUUCGGCAGAUGACCAACGUAUGACUUUAGGCUACUUCACUCUCGCCUCGCUCGACCUGCUCAGUUGCAUGGACCGCAUACCUCGCGAUGAACGAGAGGAGCUUCUUAAUUGGGUUUACGCACAACAAAGCCUCCACGGCGGGUUUCGAGGUGGGCCAUCGACGAGCGAGGCAGGAGCAAACGUUGCUAUGACUUACAGUGCGUUACUCAUUCUGGCCAUCCUCAAAGACGAUUUCGAAAGACUGGACAGAGUGGGAUUGCAGCGGUAUAUCGGUUCCUUGCAGGAUAGAGAAGGAGGUGGGUUUGCAGCCGAAGAGGUUACAGGGACAGAAAAGGAGGGUAAAGGGAUGGGGGUAGGGGUGGAUAGGGAUCCAAGAUUCACCUAUUGCGCAAUAGCAAUUUGUUCAAUGCUAGGAGAGUGGAGUUCGAUUGAUAUAGCGAAAGCAAGGGAGUAUCUGGAAGGGUGUCAAAGGUAUGAUGGAGGAUUUGGAGCAAGUGGCAUGCACGAGUCUCAUUCGGGGAUGACGUAUUGUUGCGUUGCUGCCCUCUCACUUCUCCCCUCUUCCACCUCCCCAUUCCCACGUCAGAACGAAACUCUAUCGUGGAUAAUACACCGACAAGUCUCCCCCUCCCCUCCAGAUCCUCAAACACAUAACGGAGAAGAAGAAGAAGAGCAAGAAGAGCAAGAAGAGCAAGAAGAGUUGGGAGGCGGCUUCCAAGGACGACCCUCGAAACUUCCCGCAGACGUCUGCUACUCAUUUUGGAACGGUGCCGCACUCUCCAUCCUCUCCCACCACUCACUCAUCGACGCACAGAAGGAUACUGCGUACGUGCUAAGCGCACAAAGUAGAGUAGGAGGGAUAAGUAAAGUUCCUGGUGAACAUCCAGAUUCGUUGCAUACGUAUUUGGGACUUGCUUCCCUCUCACUUCAUCAACCAGCAGAAGGGCAAGAGGGGGUGGAGUUCGGAAUGAAGCGGUUGGAUGCCGCUUACAGUUGUAGUCUGGAGGCCAAAGCUUGGAUUCAGCAGCAUUUGACGACGUAA